AUGCCUAGAGACAGAAGAGACCGUUCCUUAUCCCUCGACACAUCAUCCCAACUCUCCCCUUUCCCCUUCACCUCCUCCGACUCCUCCUCCAAACAAUCCCUCCUCGACAACACCAACCUAUGGGAGGACGCCAGGUGUCCCGUCUGCAUGGAGCACCCCCACAACGCCAUCCUCCUCAUCUGCUCCUCCCACGAAAAGGGCUGCCGCCCCUUCAUGUGCGACACCAGCUACCGCCACUCCAACUGCUUCGACCAGUUCCGCAAAUCCUCCUCCACGCAGCCCGAACCCGAGCCCGAGGCCCAACAAAAGCCCAAUCUAAUCUGCCCACUCUGCCGAGGCCCGAUAACUGGUUGGGCCGUGGUGGAGCCCGCCAGGCAGUUCAUGAACGCCAAGUCACGAAGCUGCGCGUGCGAGUCUUGCGACUUCAGCGGGACGUACAAGGAUUUGAGGAGGCAUGCGAGGUCCGUGCACCCGCAGGUGAGGCCUGCUGACGUGGACCCUGAGAGGCAGCACAGCUGGCGGAGGCUGGAGAGGCAGAGGGACCUCGGGGAUUUGCUGAGUAGUCUUCGUUCGUCUGUUGUGGGGGAAGAGAGGAGAGGAGAGGAGGAAGGUGGGUUGACUGUGGAGGAAGGUGGGUGGUUGACCGUUUUUUUUCUGGUGAGGUUUAUUGGACCGCGGAGGAGUUCGAGGGGAAGGUCGUCGGUGAGGAGGCUGUGNAAAGUGAAGUUUGUGUGCAGAGUUUAUGGUGAAGUAUUGGAAUUUGUGUUGUGUACAAAUGGAAGUAUUUUCGCAAGCCACAAUCUUGUGGUCUGA